AAUCGCCCGCUGCCCAUCCUUCGGCCCCUUCCCUAGAGGGCGGGGCACAGCGGCCUUUUAAGCCGAAUUCUAAAUGGGCCGGUGCGUUGUGUGUUGCACGCGUUUGCACUGGAAUCGCUGUCCGCGCGCCUUGCCUAGAAGGGGAAGGAAAUCGGACGAGAAGACUUCUUAUACGUACUCGGGGGAGGAUAGCGACAGUGCCCACUUCUGCGUAGGGCUGGGUAUAACAAACCAAAAGUGCAUGGUAAACUACAGCCCGACCCUAUGUUGUAAAAAGAUCAUGAAAAAGUUCGUCGUUGGACUUGGAGGUGUAACAAAUGGAGGGAAGACGACUCUGGCGCGAAAGCUUAAGAAAACAUUUCCAAACUGUACUAUAAUCUCUCAAGAUGACUUUUUUAAGCCAGAAUCUGAAGUAGCUGUAGAUGACCAUGGAUUUCUGCAGUACGAUGUACUUGAUGCCCUGCAUAUGGAAAAAAUGGUGGCGAGCAUACGUUCUUGGAUGACAAACCCAGAAGACUCUGCAUUGACAAGACCACCAAGUAGUACACAUGAUGAUCAAAAAAGAACAGAAGACAUUUAUGUCUUAAUUGUUGAAGGCUUCCUUCUGUAUAACUACAAGCCUCUCAGUGAUAUAUGGGAUAGAAAGUACUUCCUAACGAUUCCUUACGAAGAAUGUAAGAGCAGGAGAAGCAAUAGAAUUUAUGAUCCACCAGACCCACCAGGGUACUUCGAUGGACAUGUGUGGCCCAUGUAUCUGAAACAUAAGACAGAGAUGGAAAAAAGUGAGACUGGCAUCGUUUAUUUAGAUGGAACAAAAACACAGGAAGACCUCUGUUCAAGGAUUUGUGAUGAUAUAACACAGGAGAUGGAAAACAGAAGUGAGCAAGGCACUAUGAUGCAUGCAUGAAUCUGUACUCCUUGAUGAAAGCAGCAACUAACUUCAUUGUAAUAUUGACGUAUAUGUUGUGGCUAAAAAGGAUAUUUUAAGAAGCUCUCUGAAGCCCUCUUAACACAGCACUGACCAAAGGAAGUGCUAUGAUAUUCCUGUGCAUGUGUUUUCCAGCUGGAGUUGCUAGCAUCUUUCGUGCUGCCAGAAGAUCAACUUAAAAGUUCACAGGUUCUGGACAGAAGGGAACUUUUGCAUCCGCUCUAUUUUUUCUUCUUCCGUCAUACAACUUCUCUCAUUUUCUUCUUCCCUCAUACAAUAUUUACUGCUUUCUCCACAGCUGUGUGGGAGGGGGGAAGCUUCCUUUUUCUGUCUGCUCUUCCAGCAACACUGCCAGAGGGAUGCAUCCCACAAUAAUCUGCUAUUAAAAUAGUGAAAGACAUAGCAAGCAGGGUCUGUGUUAGUGGGUCAUCAAGCACCCCCUGCAAGGCUGGAAAUCUAAAAAUAUCCCAUGUAUUCAAACUCUGG